AUGGACUCGACCGUUGCGCCCCGUCCCCGACCGAGGCCUGCGCACACCCAGGGCACGACGCGAUGCGCCUACACCAAGGACGGCAGCCGGCUGGUCACCGUGGGGUCCAACAACACCAUCCGCCUAUACAAGACGGGUUCGGACGGCGAGCCCAUCAACAUUGACGACUGCCAGGAGCAGAAUGUUGCGGUGGCUGCCUCUCAGGAUUUCUUCGUUGCCGGCUCUGAGGACGGCACCGUCAGCCUCUACUCCCUGGCAACGUCCAACUUCGAGCGCUUCCUCGUCCGAACCUCGCUGCCUGUCCGAGAUGUGGCGCUUUCUGGCGACUCGCAGUGGUGCGCCGUGGCCAGCGACGAAUUGACAGUCAAGGUUGUGAAUACGCAAGACAUCAAGCAGCUGCGAUAUCUCAACGAGCAUACCCGAGCUGCUCGACACAUCAGCUUGGAUCCCAAUGGCCGCAUUGCGACCUUGUCUUGCGUCGACGGCAUCAUAUACGUCUAUUCUUUGACUGCGGAUCAGCCCGAGCUGAUACACAAGGUGGAUGGAGUCAUUGGCUCUGGCGACGCAGAGUCUGAGGCGUCGGUCAAGGCUGUUUGGCAUCCAGAUGGCAGGGCGUUUGCCGUGCCGACACCUACGCGAGACAUUCAGGUUAUAUCGAAGAACGACUGGGAGAAGCAGCGCACCUUUACCAACGGACACUCGGCCGACAUCACUGCCCUCGCUUGGUCACCAAACGGCGUCAUGCUCGCAUCGGCCUGCAAAGGUGGAAAGAUCUUGAUCUGGGAGACCAGCACCCAAAAUGUGAUUCAGCGAUACGACUUUUCCAAUGUCAUUGAUCUAGCGUGGCACCCGACCAAGAAUAUCCUGUCUUUUACGACUUCAGAAGGAGAGGUCUACAUAUACCCCGACUUUCUCUCUGAUCAAUACUCCCCUAUGCUGAAGCUUCCCGUGCAACCAGCUCCCUUCAUCCACGAUCCGCUUUUAGAUAUAUCCGCCAAUAGAAGAGCUCCCGCGGCCAAUGGCCAGAGACGCGACAUUCCCACACGCCUUCGACGAGAUUCUUUGGGCAGUCUUGACUCAUACCUGGAUGAUGAAAAUUAUGCGGACGGUGAUGAUGACGGGUUUGUCGUUGACGAUGAUGGUGCUGGGUAUACAAUUGGCCAAAAGAGAGGUCGCGUCGGCGACGAUGUUGGUGAUUACACCAGUAAGAGGAUGCAUCUCGCAGCAGAACCUCAGUACCACGAGGCCUUCCAGCCUGGAUCGACUCCGUGGAGAGGCAAUCGAAAGUAUCUCUGUCUAAAUCUCAUUGGAUUUGUCUGGACAGUAGAUCAAGAUGGGCACCACACCGUUACCGUUGAAUUCUACGACCACGAAUUUCAGAGAGAUUUUCACUUCACAGACACCUUCCUGUACGACAAGGCAUGCCUCAAUGAGCAUGGAACUCUGUUUUCAUGCCCCCCUAAAGAUGAGCAGCCGGCGACCAUUUUCUAUCGCCCUCAUGAAACUUGGACACAGAGAUCAGACUGGCGGACCCAGCUUCCCAAGGGAGAGGCUGUUAUUGCCAUGUCACUGAGCGAUUCUUUCGUUACUGUCGUAACGAGUGCCAACUACGUGCGCAUUUUUACCUUGUUUGGCAUGCCUUACCGAGUCUAUCGUCCCAAGAGCACGCCCAUGGUUACAUGCGCAAGCUGGAGAGACUAUGUGCUCACCAUUGGUAACGGCCCCGUCGCCGCUGACGGAAACACGCGCCUCCUGUACACGAUUGAGAAUGUCAAGAGAGACGAGAUUUGCCAGAAUGAAGAUACCGUGGCACUCCCUGAAGGCGCAACAUUAAAGAGCGCCUUCUUUUCUGACAAUGGCGACCCUUGCAUCUACGACUCGACAGGCACACUGUUAACUCUGCUACAUUGGCGUCAGCCAUCACGGGCCUCUUGGGUGCCUCUAUUAGAUACGAAGCUUCUGUCUCGUCUGGCGUCUGGGCGGAAGCACGAAACGUAUUUCCCAAUCGCCGUGGCAGAAGAUAAAUUUCACUGCAUUAUCCUCAAGGGCGGUGACGAAUACCCAUACUUCCCGCGGCCUCUGCUCUCAGAGUUUGACUUUUCUAUUCCACUGCAUUCACCGCAAGUGCCCAAGAAAAAGAAGACGCGGGAUGACGGAGAAGAUGAAGCAAUGGGCGAUGACGACGAUGAAGAGCAAGAGGAGGGAGGUACUGAGACGAGAAAAUUAGAGCAGCAGUUUAUGCUCAAGGGUGUCCAAACGGCUCAGCUCCGCGACUUAAUCGACGCCACCUCUAGCAGCCAUACUCAGCGCUCACUAUUAUCACGAAUGGAGCUAGAAAUCGACAAGACGCUUUUGCAGCUCCUGGCGGUGGAGUGUCGCGAGGGCGAAGACAGGGGCAUGCGCGCGCUUGAAAUGGUCCAGCUGAUGCGGGAUCGCACCGGCCAGAUGAUGGAGGCGGCGUUCAAGAUUGCUGAUCGGUAUGGGCGGACGAUUCUGGGAGAGAAGAUUCGGGAGAUUGGCGAGAAUCGGGCUAGUGGGAUGAUGGGGGAUGAUGAUUUCUGA